AUGCCGCCGGUUGCUAGGCGACGGGACGCUGAGGGGGCGGGGCUGCCCGCCGCGGGAGAAGCGAGACGGAGAGAAAGAGAGAGAGAGAGAGAGAGCAGAAGGGCGGCAGGGGAAGGGAAGGGACGGGGCCGCUGCACUGCGGCAAAGCCAAGCCGCGGGCGGGCGCUCACGCCCCUCCCCUCCCCGGCCCCUCUCAUUGGCCCGUUUGGAGAGAGCGGGUGGCGGGGAAGGGCCGGGCGCGGCGAGAGGAUUGGCCGGCGCGGCGUGACUGACAGGGCCGCCUCUCCCGCCCGCCACAACAACCAACCUUUCCUUUUCAUGAGGAGAAAAGGGCGGUAUAGCGAGUGGGAGAGGUGGGUUGCCAAAGGGAGGGAGAGGGAGAGAGAGAAAGAAAAAGAGAGAGGGAGAGAGAGAGGCAGGCAGGAGGAGGAGGAGGAGGUGGGCGAAAGCGCGCGGAGGGGGGGGGGGGCUCACUUUAGCCUAUGAGAGUGCAACCCCCCUCCGAAAAUAAACCCUUUUUAUUCUAUCAAAUAAAAGUUAGCUUGCACUGAAGGUCAGGAGAUUCCCUCAGUCGGUGGCUAAUUUAAUUAUUAUUUUUUAAAUUAAUACUGCUGUGUGGUAAUUAGGUUUGCUUGGGUAGUUCGUGUGUGUGAGAGAGAGGGAUAGUGUAGUAUUAACUAAUUUUAUUGAGUGUGGGGUUGUUGCUUUUUGGUCCCAAGAGCCAAGAAGUUAGGAACAUGGGGAGCCUGCCUUGGACCCUGGGCCCAUCCAGUUCAGUAUUGCCUACACGGACUGGCAGCAGCAGCAGCAGCAGCUCCCCCCAGGGUUUCAGGCAGGAGAUGGAGUUCUGCAUCUUAGCCUGGGGGGUGGGGGGUUUGAAGUCAGGUAGUUCCCUGGAAUAAUAAUAAUAAUAAUUUAUUAUUUAUACCCCGCCCAUCUGGCUGGGUUUCCCAGGUUGCCAGGUCUUCUUCCAGCUUCCCCACCAGCCAGGGGUGCCUCUUGACAUAACAGGAGUAAGGGGGCAACCCUUCGGAGGGGCGUGUGCCUGCAUUGCUCUGGGCAAAGCUCUGGAGGGAAGGAGCCUGGGGGUGGUGAUGGUCGCAAUGGAUAUUUCCCUUCCUCCAGCCCCCAGGGAGGUGGGGUGGUGCAGGGUGGGGAAUGCAGGGAAGAGGGUGAUAGGGAAAAGAUCCGGUCAGAGGAGCAGGGUGGUGCCACUGAUCAGCUUGGGAUGCAAACCUGCCUUAAUUGUUUCCUUUUUGGAGGCAGAGCUGAAUCCAUGCGACAGGCGAAGUGAUACUCUCUGGCUCUUUGUCUCUCUUUCUCUCCUCAGGAUAUAAUAUCUGUCUGGUCCCUUUGGCCCUGCCCUGCCUGCCACUGUGUUUUCCCGAGAGGCACUUUCAUUGCAUUUUGGAUCCCAUCACUUGGCAGCACCUCGCUUGCGUUGGAGCAUCCUUCAGGUAACUAGUGCUAGUUAAGGGGUUUCGUGUUUUUUUGGUCUGCUUUCUGGAUAACCUCCAUCCCUUCUUGUCUGUUGUUUAUGCAACAAAGAGUUUAGACUCUACAGAAAUUUAUGAAGCGGUCGUAACUCCGAGACCUUUUCAGGAUAGGAAAAACACUUAUCACUUACCUGUUCUGGGAAAACUUCAAUGUUGGUAAGGCUACUGUAUUAUAUUGUAAACUGCCCUGUGAUCCUCAGUUGAAGGGCAGUAUAGAAAUUUAAUAGAUGAUGAUGAUAUCACAGCCACAUGGAUGCUUUGGGUUGUUUUUUCUUUUUUGUUUUGUAUUUGAUCAAAAGCUUUGUAUCUCAAUUGUCAUUUUGGAUAAUGUUCAUUAUUAUUAUUUUGUCUAAUAAUAUAUUUGAUAAUGUGCUAUCCACAUGCUCUUUGUUGGGUCAUGUAUGCAAGAUAAUUGAACAUUUUUGUUUAUUUUGUUUAUAGUGAAAUAGAAUUUUUUCAAAGAAAGAAAUUUAUGAAGGAUGUGAGAUUUCAAGGGCCCUUUCUACAUUCCAAAGAUGCUAUUUUCAGCUAGACUGUUGCAUUUAUAAGAGCUGCAGGUGAGCCGAACAAUGUCUGCAGUGAAGUGACGAUGUAUGGUGGGAAGGAACAUUCAAAAAAAUCUUUUCAGUUUUUGUCCUGAGGCAGUGCCUUUUGUUUCAAGCAUGAUGGUUUCCUCAGAUCGGUUAAUAUGAUUAACCUCGUUUCUGAAAGAUACUAACUAAAUCUGACACAUUACAGAUAGGUGACAUUAAAGUACAUUUAAAUAAUUUUAAUUUUCUUUUAUAAUCAUUUUAUUAGGAUUUAUCUAUAUAAAACACAAACAAAAUGCAUACAAUAAUAUAUAUACUAUUCACUAAAUAAGCUUAGAGUUUAUAGCUAAAUAAUUGCACUACUUCAUCUUUACAAUUUACAAGGUAUAGUGAGGGGAGGGGAAGAUGAUGCGUGCAACAAAAACCAGCAAUUAAAUUAUAAGGAUAGAUCAGAUAAAUUUUAUUUUCCCAGGAAGGUUCUUGCUGUUGUGUUACAGGAUAUUAUUUUCUGUCUCUCUUCCUGUGGCUCGUUGGUCUGAGGUGUUUGCUUUUCUAAUACUAAAUUCAGCUCCAAAACUUUUUGGAACCAGUAAUUGGUUUCAGAGCAGUUCUGGCUUGCUGGGAUUUUCUUCCAUAUAGAAGUGAAUUACUUCAUUCUGAAGAAUCAUCUAGCAGCUAGUUUUCUGUUUAGGACACAAUAACAAAUAACUGUCAUGUGUGUCUUCAUUCCUUCUAGCAUGCUCCUUGGGCUGUAGCUACAGUAACAAAUUUGAUACCUUAGAUUUAGGAGAAUCUGUUUGUUCUCUGUUUCUGAUCCUUUGGCUACAAAGCAUCUUUUUAAAUUCCUAUGCCAACUUUUCUAAAAUAAAAUAAAAGGUUGCUGAUUUGGAAGGAGUAACACAGGCUCAAAAAUGUGCAAAUUUUAAAGUCAUUUUUUAUUUAAGGAUGUAUUGAAUAAUUGGCUUAUUUUGGAAAUACUGGAUGAAGGGAACUUUUAUCUUUUAUCCAGCUGUAUGAUUCCUAGGUAUUAGAAUUACAUACUGCUAAACAAAUUAUGUAGGUGUAUUAAAGGUAAUGGAUAUGGACUUCAUUUUUCACCCUAUGAUAGGUCAUACAUUUUUUUGUUAUAUGGAUCAUUAUAUGAUGAGUUGGAGAAUUUACAAUAAUAUCACUUACUAUUAUUUUUAUUUCUCUUUCUUUAGCUUGCCUUUAGGCCCAGACUGAAUGAGUUGCUUUAUUUCGGACUAUACAUAUAUCAAUGAUUUCCUCUACAAAUAAAGUUCAUCUUACGUAAGAAAGGUAUCUGACUAAACUGCAUUCCAGCUUUCUUCUCCUUUAAAAAUGUUGCAUACUGUUAGGUAAAUGUUGUGCAACUGAUGCUUGCCUUAGCUAUUCAAACAUCAGUUUAAAGGCCUCUCUUUUUUUAAAAAAUAUUUUUCUUCUAAUAACUCACACCCAUAUAUAGCUUACUUUCCUUUCAGAGCUUUUGAAACAAAGGGUGCAAAUGAGCUCUAUGAGACAUAACCCAGUUAAGUCACAGAGUUUAGAAUGUAUUCCUGAAAUCAGUGAGUCUUAUGGAAUCUAAAUCUAUUUAAUUGGAAUAGCCCCAUUGAUAUGUACUUCUCUUACUUAGAGUUGAAUUCAAGUCAACUUCAAUAAUUGGCCACUCAAAGGGCCACAGCUUAGGAGGAGAGCAUCUCCUUUGCAUCUUAAAGGUCCUAGGGUCAAUUCCUAGCAUCUUCUGGUAUGGCUGGGAGAGAUCCCCAUUUCAAAUCCUGGAAAGACACUACUAGUCAGUAUUACUGAAUUAGGUGGCCAGAUGGCUUAACUUGGCAUAAGACUGCUGCUUAUCUUCCAUGUCAGUCAUAUUUCCAUGAUCAAUUUGGGUCUGCCUAUUCUAUGUGUAGAGUGCUCCAUGCUCAUGCUGGAAAUUGAUGUGAAUUUGCAUGUCUUUAUAAUGGGCAAGAUUGGACGUAAUUCUAAAGCAAAGUUUAGCAUUACAGGAAAUGAACCUUUAUGAUCUUUUGGUUCAUGCAUUCUCUCUCCCACCCCCCUUUCCACAGCCAAAAAAUAGGGGUUUGGAAGUUUUUACUUGUGUCCUAAAUGAAUAGUUUGCUGUGAUCUCUGAACCCAGACAAAAUGUGAGUCUUUACUACCCUUAGUGAAAACAAGCCAUCUUCAAACAAUGGGUUUUGAAGCUGGCUUGUUUCCACUCGUUCUUGUUAAGAUUAACCACAGCUUUAGGAUUUUGACAUAAUGAUAACCUCUAGUUAAAUCUGAAGUGAAAGCAUCCAGUCUCCUUCUGAUGGCCCUGGUGAUGGAAGGAACUCAGGAGCCUGAGGCUGACUGGCGCUCAUCCUCAUAACUAAUCUUGGUUUGCUGAGCAGUAAACUGAUGUGUUCUACAUUAUGUGCUGCAAACAGCAGUGUAUGUUGGGAGUGGCUCUUGAAAGAGGAGCAGGCUAUCCCACAGAAAUAUAAAUGGUCGUUGUUUGAAACGGCUAUAAAGGAGUGCUUGAGUGGAUGAAACUGUGUUUCUGUCAGUAAAACUUCCCCACCCACCCCCCGACACACCUAUUUAUUCAUCUUUUUAAUAAGGAGCCAAAUCUAGGUUGCAUUUUACAAAGCAUGUUGCUGCUAGACAAAAGCUUCAUGCCUGUCUGGAACUAUCAUCGUGUGUCAGAGCACCUGUCAACUUCGCACAGCUAAGAUGCCUGAUAGUUUGAGAGAUGCUGAGGUAUUGGGUUUGCUCCGUGUUGAGGCUAUGUUAACUGAUGUAUUUUUAAUAACUGUCUACAAAGGCUUUUUCAUAUCAUGGUAAUAACUAUAGUAAGGAAGCCAUGGGAUGAUAAGGUGCAUGCUUUUGGGAAAACUUGAAGGGUAGGGUAUUUUAGCUGGCUUUAGUUUGCAUAUUGUCCCAACGCUGUUGUUUUUGCUGUUGGCAUUCAUUUAGACCAGGGGUCGGCAAGGUUUACCAGCUAUGGGCCGGAUCACUCCCAUGGAGAUAGUCCAUGGGCCAGACUGGUGCAGCACGGUGCUGGAGAUCGUGUCUGCGCAUGCCCAGAUGCCAAAAAUCGCGCCUGCGCAGAAACAAUUUUCGGCGUGGACAUGCGCAGAUGCGAUUUCCGGUAUCUGUGCGUGCGCAGACGUGAUUUCUGGCGCCACUCGGCGAGUCUCCACGCUGCGCUGUGCUGGUUUAGCGCAGCAUGCAGGGGAAUCACCGGGCGGGCAGCUCGGUUCGGGGGCCGGUAAAAUAGUCUUUGUGGGCUGCACAUUGUCGACCCCAGAUCUAGACAUCUGGGGAUUUGAAAGCCAAGAGGUAUGGUUUUAUGGAGUAAUGGCUGACAUUGUGGCAACAUUUUUGUUAAUCACUAAUAAGGAAACCAAACAGUACAAAUGGAUUCAAGAUGGCUCCUAUUCUACUAAUGUCUCCUUAGUAUUUGUACAAAACUAGGGAACUUUCAGCACCAUAGAAAGCAUUCUCUGACUACACUCUCUCAGGGUACAUUGUAAGAAAGGAACCACAUCUUCUCCCUAAGUUAAGUGAUUGGGCCUGUCCCCUCUAUGAAAAUUUUAUUUGUGAUGAAAUGGAUAUGGGCGGGGUCUAAUCCUUGCACAAAGAGUCAAAGCUGUGCUGCUGCUUCAUUCUUUCUGAGCUGUUGAUGCUGCGAGUGUUGCAGAAGAUGUGGGGGGGUGUGAAUCCUCAUGUUAUAUGAAGAUGUCCUGUCUUCUGAGUAACUGAGCAAGGCAAGGUAGUUAUUUCAGCAGAGUGCUUUAUUACACCUGGAGAAGGAGGUGGUAGCAGGUGUUGGGUGUGGUUGUGUUACAGAUUAGGCAGGAUUAAAAAAAAAACGAUCAAGGGGAAGUCUCAGGUCUGGUUUUGGGAACUUUUCAAAGCUCACUGCUGCUGUCCUGACAGAAUUAGUUUGUGUCAAGUUAGGAACAACUAUUUUAUUUAUAGAUGCAGCUUCCUCUGAGCUGGAAAUGAGUGUUUGUUUAUAGCCCUACUGCAUACAUGUCCUAUUCCUACUACAAACAAGAUGCACUCUUCUUUUGUUACUUGGCUGUCUACCUGGAGAACCUAUAUGAAUUAAUUAUAUGCUACUAGCAAAGGGGUUUUUUGACCCCUUUUAUGCCCUCGGAGCACAUGUGGACAGAGAUCCAGAAAACUACUUCAGGAAGCAGAUUUGCUUUAUGCCCAACACCAAAAAUUCCCCUUGAAAACCCAUUGUUUUUAAAGAGGACUCCUAUUUCAAAAGUUUAGAGUCUCUUUGAUUUUACAAAACUAGUUGUGUGGGUCUUCAGGCAGUGACCACUGCCUUUCUUAACCUCCCUUUUGCACUGAAAAUUUUGGUGAGGGCUGGCCUCUGAUUCAAAUUGCAGCAUCUCUGUACCCUUGCUUUUCUGAACUCUCUGAAGCCUCACCUUGUCUGUAAUGUAGGGAAGAACCAUGCUGUGCGUGUUUGCUUUAAGGAUUAAUGUGAUAAUGCACAUGAAGUGCUCUGAGUAUUUUUUUUUCUUUUUGGGGGGUGAGGGAGUAAUCUUCAUUAUUGAAAUCAGUUGAGGACCAAACUGUGUGGUCUUUAAAUGCAAUCCCAUUAUAUUUAAUGCUACUGCACUGCAGAAGUUUCAGUGGCAAUGUAAUAUACUGUUUUUUCUGAUCCUUCAGCAGUAAUCAGGCCCUGCCCUCCUCUAAAUGAGAGACUGGAUUACUUCUGUAUGAAGAAGUAAGCCUUAUGUAUGUAUCAGUGCUGCCCAGUAUAUAGAGGAUUGAAUUUUAUUUGUUUUAUUUCUAGUUAUUUUCGUUCCUUAUUUAAGUUAUUUAUAUGGUGACAUCAGUAUUCAUGGCACUGUAAAAGAGUAUAAAAAUAUAAUUUGUAAUCUAAAAUGUCACAUGUGGAAAAACAGAGGAAAAUGAGAAAGUGGAGACAUGGAUGAAUAGGAAAGCAGUAUCAACUGCACUUGCUUAGGCUUUGUUAUAAACUGAACUAAAAGCCUAUGAUGUUUACAAGUCAUUCAAUCUUCUAAGUUCAGCUGCUCACUAAGUUAUGGUUAGCAGGGUCAAACUUUUUUUUUUACCAGCUGCAAAAUUACAGAAACAAUUCAAAAACUUGAUGUAACCCACAAAAAAACCCAUGUCUGUCUCAUUUAGUCUUCUGUAAUUCUGAUACCUGAGCAAUGGGUAUGCUCCAGGAGAAACUCUUCUAGCUGCUUUGCAACUUUCAAAGCCUGCAGUCAUCAUUGGAUAAUGUGCUGCUGGAUGAGAGAGACAAAUUUUCUGGUGGCUUAAAGUUAAAGUAAAAAAGAGAAAGAAACUUUGCUUAUUUUUCUAGGAUGAUAUGUCUCCCUGGACAGAAUAAAUGUACUAGAGCUGCCAAUGGAUAGAAGUUGGCAACUUCGGUUUUACACUGAAUACUUGUGAGAUAAAAUAAAAUCCAAACUGUGCAUUUGAAUUUGCUGUAUCAUGGAACUGGAAUUAAUGUUUCUCUCCCCCACUCCUGGCUGUUUUUCUCCUUCCUGAAUUUUCACAUGGUUGCUUUCUGCUGUGAUUCAUUAUUUAAGAAAUGGGAGACUAUAAAUAGCAGCACAUAGCAGUUUCCUACUGAGAAGCAUUUUUCUCCCCUUCCAUUGUAGGUGUCAAAAUGGAAGACUUGCACUGUGUUUACGCAGGGUAAAUCUUAACAUAUGAAGAAAUUAUAUUCUUAGUUUUAUUUUUUUAAUAUUGGUAUAGGAUAGCAGUUGUCAAACUGUUGGGGAAAUACCUUGAGUUUCUCAGAAGCUCAUCAGGCUUCCAUCAGUGACAAAGUUAGCAAUGUUGCUUGCUCAACAUUAUUAGUCUUCCCAUGUGCAAACCAUAGCAUUGUGGUGGGUCAGAGUAUUCUGCAGCGUGCUCUCAAUUCCAGUGGAUUGAUGGUGGUGCCUGGCAGAACUGAACAAUGUUUCUCAUGAACCGAGUGUGUUUCCUGAACAUUUGUCUGGAUUAAGCACGGAUACAUGUUAGCCAUGAAGGAAAUUCUUGGCAGACAAGCUGAUGUGGGAAAGGUUCUGUCAAUGAUAAAAGUUUGAAAACCACAGCUGUAGGAUGCUGAUUUUUUAAACUAUGUGAUAAAAUAGGGUUCUUUUGGUUCAAAUGUAGUUUUAUUUCCUGUUUUAUUUUUAUUGGAAUCUGGAUUUUAAUAUCAAUAACAGUGUUUAACCUUACUGCUGUUUGGAUAACUUUCACUAGUUUAAUCCAACUGCCUGAGAAGCUGAAGUCACCUCAAAGAUUGUAUAGCUGUAUUUUGUCUAUGUGUGUGUAGUUAAUGAACCAAUUUAGGCCCAAAUAUAGCUAGAGUGCUAGAAGCCAAAAAUGCUCCCUGUGGGCUGGACUUACAGAAGCUCUUAAUUGCUUAGCAGACUCUUCAUUACAUUAGCAUUUCUCAUGCCAGUGCUGCCUAGCUUUUGGGAACAGGCAGAGGAAGUAACUAUGUGAUGAGAGUUGUCAUGAAACACUGGAAAUUACUGCAUGCUCAUAGGAAAAGUAUUGAAUGCUCAAGGAGGUGGAACUGGCAGCAGAACAGACAUGGUAAUGCUGCCUCAUUCAGGAUCUCCCUGUUUCUUGAGUGCUGGUGAUGUUUAGACCUCCGUUUGACUCUAUAUGGAGAAUCCCAAAGCUGUUCAUGUUUUUGGUGUUUGCUGCUGCCAAAUUAUUGGAAGGCUCCAGAAAACCACUCACAGGAUCAGGCAAACAGGCUGGUGAUUCACCAUCUCUGACCUUAAAGAAACAGAAGUUAGCAUUUCUUAUGACUGUGGGCGUUUUUCUGAAUAAAUGAUAUGCUUAUGGGGGUGUACUGUUUGAGACGUUUGCAGGUGUAUGUGUAUAGAGGUGGAUGAAAGACAGAGCAACAGUCUGAAGUCUGAAUAUAUGGAGGAUCCUACAGAGAGCCAUGAAUUGGCUGAAGCAUCCCCAAGGUGCAGACACUCUCUUUGAGAACCUGUUUAACAGUGAUGAUAUUUUCUUUUGUAGAACGUAAAUACUUACAUACCUCUAUUGGUAUAUUUGUUGAAAGUUUGUUCAUGAGUAAGGCAAAACAUACACAGCUAAAUUCGGGUGCUGGCCAUAUAAUUACUCUGCCUAAGAAGUGUGAAACAAAUUGAACUGAUGGCAGCUAAUGUACAUUUAAGACAACCAAAGUUGUUAAAGGAAAGUGCAAUUAUGUGUUUUUCUUUUUUCAUGUCUUUCUUUCUAGUGCCAAAAAAUGAGCCGUGGAUAUUCAGAAAACAAUAACUUCCCAUACGACAAUAAUCAAAUGGUUUUGGAUAUGAUCCUCUGCUCUUUAUUCAGUGUCCCUCAGCCUAUCAAUUGGGACAACGUGGCAAGGCUGGUUCCUGGCUAUUCAUCUCGAGAGGUACGUUUCCCCUUAUUUUGUAAUGUAGUUUUAAUUCAUUUUGAUCUUUGAACUGUUUAACAUAGUUGCGUUGAGAUGGUGAUGAUGUUGUUGUUGAUGUUGUUGUUGUUGAUGAUGAUUUAUUAUUUAUACCUUGCCCAUCUGGCUGGGUUUCCCCAGCCACUCUGGGCGGCUCCCAACAAAAUAUUAAAAGCACAAAAAAAUCCAAACAUUGAAAACUUCCCUAAACAGGGCCGCCUCCAGAUGUCUUCUAAAAGUCAGGUAGUUGUUUAUUUCCUUGACAAAGCUUUAUUUACAUUAGAGCGUAUGACAUGCAACAAUCACAUAAAAAUAAAAAUAAAACUAAAAGCACAGUAAACACUCAGAUAAACAUAAAUGGUAUUUUGUAUCAAUAACAAUUGGAAUUAUUUAUAGGAAGGGGGAGGGAGGGGAAGGAAAAAAAUUAAAAUAUUUACUUCAUGUACUUCAGACUGUGCUGCAAACUAUGGGUGCUGUUCUACCACAUGCCUCAUUAUUUGUGUAAUCAAUAAAGUCACACAAGAAUGUGUAAUAAUAGUUGUUUCUUUUGGCCUUAAAGAGGACUAAAGAGCAGAGGAUCAUUGAACUGAUGGCAGCUAAUGUACAGUUAAACACAACCAAAGUUGUUAAAGGAAUUACACCUAAAGUCAAAUCCAACAUUUGUGCUCAGUCAUAAACCAGCUGAGAGAAAAUCCUUUUGCUCCCUUAGCAGUGUUUUCAUGCUUGACAGUCUUCCAGGCACUUAAACCUCACAUUUAUUUUAUGUUGCACAUGGACGCUGUGAAGAAUCACAUGUAUAUUACAGCCAGUGUGGAUUUGUUUCUGUGGUAGAAGCCUAUUUUUAAAAUCAUAACGCAAGGCAAACAAACCUGCCCUGAAGCCCCCAACAGCAACAAAAACCUAGACCCAGCAGGUGCAAAGUAAAAGAGAUAAGACAGUAGGAGGCUGAACAGAAGGUUGAUUUAAGAAACUAUACAAAGAAUAAACUUUGAAGAAAUUUUGGCUUAAAGAGCUCUAAGGUAUUCAGAUCAGAUACCAUUUAAUUUACUAUUGUUAUCAUGUCUAUUAAAUAUUACUUUGACUGCCAGGUCUAGAAGCUCCUUUGUGCUCAUUCUUGAUGUCUGAUGGCUUCUAUACCUUCCAGUGUUGAAUGGUGAGGCAUAAAACAAAGCUGAUUUUAAGUAUUGUAUGGGAGGAACACUUUCCAUUGACCCUUCUGCUGCACAGACUUCCACUCCUGCAAAGCUUCUGUCAAUCUAACAAAGAGUCAGUACUAGUUAUCCACUGUGACAUCACUUGUUUGCUCUGCUGCUUCUGAAAAGAAUGUUUGUUUAUGGAGUUCUGGAAAGUUGUGGUGCUCUAUAAGGAUGAUCCAAGUUCUGAAUACUUCUCAAGCUCCUUUUCUACUCAUGUGACUGGCUAGCAAUAUUAGGGGAAGGUUUCAGUUGGAUUAGGCUUACUCUUCUAACUAUACUUUCACUGAAGGUGGGUACAGUGGUACCUUGGUUUAUGAACUUAAUCCAUUCUGGAAGUCCAUUCUUAAACCAAAGCGUUCUUAAACCAAGGUGUGCUUUCCCAUAGCAGCGGGGGACUCAAUUUACAAAUCGAACACACUCAACAGGAUGCGGAACAUGUUCUGCUUCCAAGGCAAAGUUCACAAACCAAAACACCUGCUUCCAGGUUUGCAGCACUCUUAAUCCAAGUUGUUCAUAAACUAAGCUGUUCUUAAACCAAGGUACAACUGUACCUAAUGCAGAAGGCAAAUGUUCUCAGCUUGUGAAUGUAUUGAGAUCAUGGUAGUAGCACUGCUCAGGCAGCGGAGGUCCUAGUUUAUCCAGCUGCCAUCAUAGAUCUGGGCCUUAGUUUUUCUAUCACUGUUGCCUUUUCCUUCUGAGAGAGAAGAGAUGCAUUUAUGUCUCAUAGAAUCUUCUUGCUUGAUAAAAAUUCUAUACCUAUGGAAGAUCAUGUAUAUGUUUGCUGGGAAGGACCCUUUCCUCUUUGUACUCUUUGACAAGUCCUCAAGUGCCCACAGGGGAUGCUGCUAUCCUUGUCUGAGAGAAUAACUGAUUGUUAUAUUGAGUUAGCAGUAUUAUAAAGUAGUUAAACGUCAAUUUGCAACCUAACAGUAAGUCCUCUAAGACCAACAAAAAAAAUGGCUUCAUUAUGCUGUCUGAACACAGCAUCUCAAAUUAUGAUGUUACACCAUGGGCUAUGAAAUGGGGCUUUAGCUCAGAGGAAGGACAUGCCCUUCACACAUAAAAAUGAUGCCAAGUUGAAUCCCGUGCAUCUCAUGUUGAUGGUGGGUUUAGGGAAAUAAUUCUUGCCUGCUAUCUUGGAGAGCCACUGCCAGUCAGAGAUGGUUUAAGGCAGCUCCUUUUUAUAUAGCCUUUGAUGCAGACAGAUAUGCCUGUUUCAGAAAAACAAAACAGCUUUUCAAAAUCUGCCCUUACAGGCAAGCACUGAAAAAGCUGCCAGAUUCUUGGAUGCCAACAAAAAAACAUAGAAACCAGGCUUAAAGGCUUAGUCACUAGCUCUGCACAAGGUUAAUAUCAGUUGUUGUUUAUUUAGAUACCCGGAGAUGAGCAUCUAUGUCCUAGGCAUACCUGGGAUUUCUUCCAUCAAGUACUAAAACUGAAAAUCCCUCCUCUUUUAUCUUCUGACAGUGUGCAAAAAGGUUUGACGAACUGAAAAGCAGUGGGAGUUCUCCAGUUGAUAACCAGUACAGUCCACUAAUGGCCAGUGGUGGGAGCCCUAUGGAAACAUUGGCUGGUUAUAUCAAAUCAUCGCUUCUUGAUUCCCAGGAAGAGUUACAAGAGCCUCCUAGUGAAAAAGAUGCAAUUUCUGUAAAUGGUAGGCUUUCAGGCAGUUCUGCUACUGCAUUCAAGACGUUGUGCAUGCUAGGUUUCAUCCAUUUGAAAUCCUUAACCUGUUCUGAGCAGAGUCAGCUGGUAACCCUUAAAGUGCUGGUGCUCGUCAUAAGUAUUGGUCUCUAAAUUACAAUCCCUCCUGUAGUUUACCUAUUUACUUUUCAAAGUCUCAGUUAACUGGUGGUUUAAUAUAAUUAAUUUUUAUUUCAUUGUCACUUUGCCUUGAACUGUACAGUGGCCUUUUUAAAAGCUAAUACACUUGUCUAAAAGAACCAAAGGUGAAAUUGCUUAUUGUGGGUUGAGCUUUUAUCAGUUAUCUGAUGUGCCUGCAAAAACUCAGGUUGCAACAAGCCACAUACAAUAAAACCAUAUGAUAAACCAGCUAACUCCCUAAGCUGUCUUUGAACUGUGUUACUACAGUGGACACUAGGAAGAUCCCAGGUUUGUGCUCUAGUUUGGGGUGAAAGGUCUUGAAGAGUCCAUCAGUCCGGUGCAGCGUGGCAGAUGGUCAGCAAUGCUAGGAGUUCCUCUGUUCUAGUUAAGCAGGUCUGUGAGCUGUCUCUGCCGGAGACCAUGCCACUUCCACAUAGGAGUAGACUAGCGACUCAGCAGAAACCGCAUACAAAGUGUUGGAUGUGUUUUGCGGCUGAAAAGGAGGAGAAGGAAAAGAGCCAGAAAUGCACAGCAGUGAAAUCGUGGUGGGGUUGAGUGGUAGAAAUGCAGGUGGUGCAAGGGAGAGAAGCAGAAGCAUAGUGAGCAUGUGAUAGUACAUAGAACAUGAGAGAAGAGAAAAGAGCUGAAUGAAACCAAGAGCCACACCCGAGGGAGGGCAUGAAGUUGUGCUGUGGAAGGGACAGUCUCCCAGUGAAAAGUAGAUUCUUAAUUUGUCUCAAUGGAUUAGGUGGCAGGAGGGUUCUGUGCAUUGGAAUUUACCAUUGGUUGCAAGCCUCCAGUUAGUAUAUUAAUGCCCCAGGGCAAUUCUUAAUCUGCCUUGUUCAGCACUUACUGCUCUUGGGUUUUGUUUCUCUUGAAUGCUCUCUGAGACUUAGCAUUAAGUAUAUUCCUAAUGGGAAAGUGAAUAGUAAUGGAUACUCCUGCAGUGGGCUUGUUCAUGAACCUUUUAAAGAGAAAAUCCAGAUAACAGGAACCUUCUGUCUCCAUGUUUGGUACUUUAACAAGGAACCUUCAAUGUAGGAAGUUGUUUUGGGGGUGGAUGAAAGGCAAGAUACCAGGCUCCACUGUGUUGUGUUGUGUUGUGUUGUGUUGUGUUGUGUUGUGUUGUGUAGUGUUGUGUUGUGUUGUGCUGUGAGUGUGUUUAAAAAAGCUAUACUUUUCCUUUUGGCUGUAUGGACAUCAGGCAGAGGAAUCCCAGUAUUGAUGACAUUAUGAUGUCUGUUACUGCUCUCCAAAAGAGAAGUGUAAAAGAGAAGGUCAAACGCAUAGCCAUGACAGUUUUGUUAUUGUUUGUAAUACCAUUGAUUUAUUGAUUGCCUUCUAAACAACUGCCUCAAGGUGAUUUACACAUAAUUAAAAUACAAAAACAGCAAAUACUUUUAAAACGAGACCGAAACUUUAACAAAGUAAACACUUGUGCUAAAGACCUACUUAUUCAACUGGGAAAGCCUGUUGAAACAAAAUUGUCUUUGAUUGUUUCUGGAAGGUGCAGUUAGUUGGUGACUGUUGUCUCUUGACAGGAAUGCGUUAUUCUGUGGAACUGGGGCAGCCACCCUAAAAGCCCUGCUCCGCGUUACUGUGGAGCAGGCUUCUGAGGUCCUUGGGAACUGACAGGAGAAACCCUCCCACAGAUUUAAGCGAUUUUACAUCCUCCUUUUUUGUAUGUGUGGACAUGCACAUGGUGACUGAAAGGAUUAAUCCCUCAAUUCCUCUAUAUGUUUCCACCUGGACUGGAUUGAUUUUAAAAGCCAGCCUUCCUUUAAAGGAGUGUGUGUGAAAAGGAUCCAUCUAGUAAGUAAGUGGACAGCUCCCUUAGAUCGCACUUUAUUCUAGGCAUAGGACUACCACUUACCAGGCGAAAAUGAGAAGACCAUCUCAACACUAUGUCUUAAUGCUUUUUCUCCCCGCUUGCAUUUAAGGAAGGCCAAGUGUAGCUUCCUCAAGGAAUUGCUCUGCAGAAAGUGAGAAGGGCCCUGCACAUAAAGGUGGAGAAAAUGCUGAUGAAACACAAGGGUAGGAAGAUGGUUGUUUGAUUUUGGGAAAGCUAGAUAAACCUGAAUCUUCGACAUUCGUUUGUUCUCUUCUACGCUUGGAUUAUAUCUCUGUGUAUUUGUGGGAUUUCUAUUGGGUGGGUGAAGGAUUGUGGGGGGCGGGAGAGUUACGCUGGCCUCAUUUUUUAACAAAAAUUUAGACAAACAGUAACUGAGGAGAAGCUCUUGUGAAAGAGUACCUUCAGGGACUGGCAGGCAUUAAAACGCUGGUAGCUUCUCCUCUCUAGAACUGACUCUCCUUUCAGGUUUGGAAUCUGUGGUAUCCUGGAACCUCUAAGCUUCCCAUAGGGUGUUUUUUUUUGCCUUCUAUUCAGUAGAAAUGGCUGUUAAGUGCAGCUUGGAGAAGUAAAUGUUUAGCCGUGGCUGGGUGGGACAAUGCUCCCUUGUGUGCUAACUUGACAUGUGGAAGCAGUCAGUGGGAUGUGUUUCUGUAUCCCCUCUUCCGGUUAAAUGUAGGCAAGCUUUCACUUCCUUUGUCAUGAAUAAUAAAUCAUCUGUUGGGGUUGUAGAUGGUAUGAAAUAUGAAUGCCUGUUUCCCCACCCCCUGCCCUCCAUUCAGCCAUCUUGCAAAGCUUCUCCAUCACCUUCGUAAAAAGGCUUGAGUAGUGAUGUUGUCUUCAUCCUGCUGUCGUUUCCGCUGUGAACCCUGAAAAUAUAUGUCGUGUGUUCACAGGCGUGUUGUAGAGCAGCUGUUUUCAAAACUGGUCCAGGUACUUUUCUACUGUGACUGAUGCUCACUUUGAGGAACACCUGGCAGCUUUCCUUGCAAGACAGCUGCUCUCCUAACCUUUCUACAUUCUUGGUUCCCCUGGGGAGACAGCGAGGGGGUCAAUAGACCUCAGACCUGGCCUAACACCCUCCUUGCUUUUAAUAAACACAGAUUGCCAGAUAGGAGAUGGCAGAGAAUCCUCUGCCAGUAGAGGUUAAUAUAUGGAUGGCUCUUUGCUUGGAAAUCACUUUUGCAAAGCUUGCAGUCUCUCUCGCCCUAAUCAAGCAAGUUCUGCCAGACAUGAAGGUUCCAUUUCAUAAGUAUACACUUAUUUUUGUCGUCAGUGAGACCUUCCCUGUUCAUUUCAAUUGUGGUUUGGGGACCUCUGGCCUAAGGGUCAGAUGCAGCUCCCUGUUUAAUUUCAUUGGAUGUUUCCAGAGACUUCACAAAGCAGCACAGAUUGGGGCUGAGGAUGGCGUAGAAGGAAGGAGCUUGGCAACAGCCCAGGACUAUCUUCCUAGGUGUUGUAACAUUUAUAUUUAUCAUAAUAAAAUUAUCUGUAAUAGCCUGUGAUACAUUUCAUUAAUAUUUGUGUGUGGCACCUGAUUGCCCACCUGUGUGGGACAUAGGCCCCUGGUAGAAAAAACGUUCUCCACUCCUGAAUAAAGCAGAAAAAAUACCUUUCUGCUUUUGUGGAAUGCUGUUUUUUCUUUCUCUUUGCCCCUGUCUGCGACUAGAAAGGCAACUUGCAUCCAUUGAAAAUACAUGUAUGAAUAAUGAUAGAUAUGGGGCCAUCUCUCAGGAAUAAUGAACAGGGUAGCUUUAUCUUGACAUAGGUGUUCACUAUACCCCUUCACUAGAACUUUCUUAAGAGCUGAAUGUUGGAGUAGCCUGAGGAUAUAUCUGGUACUGGAGAACCAAAACCCCAGAAUUUGCAUACAUUUCCAUUCUUCCUAAUGUGGAGAGGCUUUAUUUAUAGUAACUCCUUGAUGAUUUUGUUGACCGCAGUUCAGUGAACAGUUCACACCACAAAUGUAAUUGGGGCUGGGUAGUAACUAGAACAAGACCUAUUUUGGGUAUUAUUUUUCUUAAAUAUGCUGCAUGCUUGUGUGUGUUCUGUGUUGCCGCCACUCCCCCAGGUUCUGUGAUGUGUAUAACAUAAGCCAAUUAAUCAUACUUGUGAGACUUCUCAUUUUUCAUCAUUUAUUCCGGUUCCGCUAGUCCUUGACUGGAACUGGAAGGUUAUGAAGAGCAAUAAGCUCCAACUCCAACCAGUCUUAUUUAGCCACCCCUCUGGCCUUGGAGAGGUCAGCCAGCAUAAUCUACACAUUUGAGUUUUAAGGUUUAUGUUGUGCCUUAUCACACGGCAGCCUUAAUGGCUUACAAUAACGGUUUAAAACAAACAACAAUAACGUCAAAUCAUAUGUGCUAAAAUCAUUUAAUAAAUAAAUAAAAUAAAUGACAACUUAGGGCCAAACUACUGCCAGACAGUAGAUAUUUGUGAGUGUCUUCCAGCCAUUUUUUAAAUGAAAUGUAGCUGGAGGAGGCUGUGAGUUUAAGUUGGUUACUUAACCCUUCCCCUGUGACAUUUUUCUGCUCAGAAUCAUGCCUCUUCAGCAGCUUUUCUACAGUGAGUAGAAUAAAGUGUUAAGAAUAAAGAGUAGAAUAAAGUCAGAGGCUGCUUCCUCUGACCAGAUCUACACCUGGUUUUCAUUUAAAAACAGGAGAGAUCGGAGAUAGCUGCAUAUAUCUAGUUUGGCCUUGGCAUUUUCUGGAAGCUUUAAUUUAGUGGCCAGUGCCAUAUUUUGCAUUUUUCCUUUCUGCUGCAGAAUUUGUGCAUGCACAUAACAUCAGUAUUCCCAUUUUGCAACUAGAGGUGUGAAAGUUGACAGCUAGCUGCCAGGUUUCUUCUUUGAGUUUAGAAAUGAUCUAAGUCGUGAAGUGGGUUUUGCAGAUUCACCUAGCUCACCAUCCACAAGGCCAAACUUGCUCCAGUGUGUAGCUUACAUUUCCCCAUACCUUUUAAUUUUCUUUCUAAAAUUUUUUUUAAACAAAAUCAUAGAUACAGCUUAAAAUCCCUAUUAUUAUAUUGUAAAAAUAUGCUCCUAACCAUGCAUGUGUUCAUGUGCAUUAAAAACUAUGUCUAAACUUAGAAUUGAGGUAAAAUAUAUUUGUAAAUCAUUCUGACAUUCCUGUUUGACAAGCUAUAAUAAUUUUCCUCCCUGUGAUUUUUUUUCUUCUCAAAUAAAGGCCAAAUAUGGUGAUCCAUGUGUGUGAUGAAGCAAAAAAUCUGAAAGAAGAUUUUGUUUGUCCGCGAGAUCUGUUGAUUUCUGAAAUGAAGUACUUUGCUGAAUAUCUGUCAGUGGAUGCCCAGCGCUGGGAAGAAGUGGACAUUUCAGUUCACUGUGACGUUCACAUCUUUAACUGGUUGAUAAGAUAUGUUAAAAGGAACACUAAGGAGUAUGAGGUGCAUGAAAUACCUGCCUUAGGUAAAAGGAAAAUCUAUUAAUGUUUCCUGCAGACUCAUUUAUUGAAAAGCCUGACUUCUACUUCAGACCAAAAUUCUGUGUGCAAAUUUGUUUUGCGAGGUAAUUUCCUUGCCAUUUUCUGCCUUAACCGAUAAAAACCUAAUCUGUAAUAGCUGGAAAAACUGAAGCUGGCUGGAAAGUUAAUAAAACUAAUUAUAUUGCCUUUGACAUUAGGGAAUGUUACCCUGCACUCUUAGUCUCUUAAUACCCUAUUCCCCCUCUCACACAUGAAUUCCCACCCACCCCUUUUCAAGGUUAACCAUUGUUGGCUGUGAUUUGCAGAUUGCCAUGGUGGUUAGAACUGGAUUUGCAUGGUUGCAAAUUCUAGUUUGCUGCUAACCAUGGUUAGCUCUGAAGAAGGGGGAAAGAGCAUGUGAGCAGAUGAGAUGGUCCUGACCUCCCAACAGGGCAUAUUUAUGCCUGUACCUGGACUUUAUGGGGCGGGGGAAGGAAGCUCUGGUUUAAACUGCAAAUUUAAAAAAUAAUAAUCAGAGGAGAGGAGCAAAGAUUAUGUUGUGAACCACCCUGUGAUCUUUGGAUGGAGGGUGAUAUAUAAAUUUAAUUAAUAAUAAUAAUACGAAGAGAGUCAAAAAUGGUCUUCAGAGAAAAGAACGUUGGUUAUCAUCUAAAAGGUCUUGGAAGGUUUGACAGAAAAUAUUAAUAAGAGUUUGGGUAUCUUCCAUUUAAGUGAGUAGCUAAAUAAGCUAGCAGUUUGAAGGGAAAUAAUUUUAGUCAUCACUCUGGUGUGAUCCAGAGAAGAAAUCAAAGCAAGAGUUAAGUGCACACUCAACCUCUUCCUCCCCUCUCCCUUAAAAUCACUGAGACUUCACUCUGGAUCACUCGUGUAAGCUUCACAUACUUGACAAAUUUCUUGAUGAAGAACUCCUUUAGAGGAUUUUGUUCCGACACUUAAUUGUUAGUUCUGACCUUUGACUGUUGAAAUCUUUGGUCCAAAUUGGAUGUGAUGCUGGCAGACUGGCUUGGUUGGAGCUGGAUCUUCCCUAGUCACACACCAAGAGGAAAGAGGGGGGCAGUUCUUAGAGCAAAAGGAUUACAUAGGUGGGAUGGGGUGCUAAACUGAUCCUCUUACCUCCACCACAAUCUAUCACUUGCAAAUGCUACUCUCCUCAUCUGUAGUCCACUAACAGUUGUGAGCUUGGCUAGAAAAAAAAUCAGCUGGGGGGAACAGGCUAAAGGGAAGUAUGGUAGGUGUCACAUGUAUGGGGAGCAGUUUGGUUGCCCUCACUCAUAUGCCUGUUUUGCUUUCAAACCUGACCUUAAACCCUCAGUGUUUGGAGCAGACCCUUUUUUCUUUUUAGAAAAGGUCUUCUUGAAUAGUGUCUAGUUUGCAUGUGUCUGAGGUUGAAUGUUUCAAACUUUGAAUGACAUUUAACUCAGCAAAAUAAAAAAAAUUCCUUCCAGUAGCACCUUAAAGGUAAAGGGACCCCUGACCAUUAGAUCCAGUUGUGGCCGACUCUGGGAUUGCGGCGCUCAUCUCGCUUUAUUGGCCAAGGGAGCCGGCGUCCAGGUGAUGUGGCCAGCAUGACUAAGCUGCUUCUGGCGAACCAGAGCAGCUCACGGAAACGCCGUUUACCUUCCUGCCAGAGCGGUACCUAUUUAUCUACUUGCACUUUGACAUGCUUUCGAACUGCUAGGUUGGCAGGAGCAGGGACCGAGCAACGGGAGCUCACCCUGUCGCAGGGAUUCGAACCGCCGACCUUCUGAUCAGCAAGUCCUAGGCUCUGUGGUUUAACCCACAGAGCCACCACAAGUAGCACCUUAGAGACCAACUAAGUUGGUUAUUGGUAUGAGCUUUCGUGUGCAUGCACGCUUCUUCAUGCACUUCUGAAGAAGUGUGCAUGCACACAAAAGCUCAUACCAAUAACAAACUUAGUUGGUCUCUAAGGCGCUACUGGAAGGAAUUUUUUUAUUUUGUUUUGACUACGGCAGACCAACACACCUACCUACCUGUAAUUUAACUCAGCAGUUUUGAGAAACAGGUUUUUGCUUUGGAUGUUUGGAGUGUUUGCACUCAUUUUUCUAUCAAAACCCUCAAACCUCCCUUCAAAUAAGAGAACAACCCCCCCCCAAAAAAAGUUGGAAACUUCAUACUCAAAUGCCAUAGUUUUAUGGAACGUAUUUGUAAAUAUGUGAAUCCAGGCUCUUAACUUUUCAUUUCAGCUUUAGGUACAAUAUUAUAUUUCUCCAGCUUCUUAAUCUAAUUUGGCUUGCUUUGCCUUCAAAAUGUGAAUAGCUAGUUUUAGGCUAACACAUUCUUUCUGGUGCGGGUGGUGGGAAUGGAAAGGAGAGAGGCAGCUAUUUGGGCCUCAUUUCAGAAGAAUUACAAGGCCCAGUCAUGCUAUGUCAUUAGAUCUCCCUCCCUCCCGAAGAAGGGACUGAACCAAGUUCCCAAACUCUUCCCAUUCCUCUUUAAUGGAAUGUGGAUUUUGUGAUGCAAAUAAUCUCUUGUAGUGUUUCCUUUUACAAGCAAUGUGCAAGGUUAACUGUAAUUAAUCCUAAUAAUGCUUUUCGCUUUGUUCUCUUGCUUCUUUCUUUAGAACCAAGCAAUGUCAUUUCGAUUCUUAUUUCCUCUGAGUUUCUGAAGAUGGAUUCUUUAGUGAGUAUAUAACAGAUGUGGGGUUCUGAGCUGUUGGAGCUGUUUCUGGAGCUCCUCUCACAAAAAAACCUUCCUAAAUACAGACAAUGCCCCACUCACAUGUGAUCAGCGACCGCUGACAUCCAUACUGUUUUUGGCGCCAAAAGAGGGUGAGGUGGCCGAAAUGUACAUUCAUGCAGUCUUCCCACUGACGCAUGGAGCAGUCAGAAAUGGCACCUGCGCAUGAAUGGGGUGUUGCCUGUACAGUGUUAAGAUAUUUCAUUAUCACUAUUGAGUGUGCUACAUCCAUAUUUUAUCUUCCUGUUUUCCUAGGUGGAGAAAUGUAUUAAUUAUUGCCACAAGAAUAUGAGUGCCAUCGUAGCCACGCCGUGCAAUAUGAACUGCAUCAAUUCUAAUCUCCUAACGCGCAUAGCGGAUCUUUUCACACAUAAUGAAAUAGAGGAGGUGAAGGACAAGAAAGAUAAAUUUAAGAGGUACUUUUUAAAAAUCCUGCUGCCUCGUAAUGUAAGAAUUAGCCGUUCUUUUCGUCUUCCUGCAGCGUUAUCCAGAUGUUUGCAGUGCAUUUUACGUUGGGCUGCCGUUUGGGGUUGGUUCAGCAGCUGGUGCAAACUGCUAACUGUGGCAACUUUCCAUGCACGUAGAACACCUCUACUGAAGCGUUUACAUUGGUGGUCAGUUGGCUACUAAGCCAAGUUUAAGGUGUUGCUGUAUAAAAGCCUGGUCUGAGAUGCUAAGGGCAUCUGAGAGCACCUUCCACCAUAUAGAUCAGCCCAACAACUUUGAUGACCAGAGGAGGCCCUCCUGGUUGCACCACAUCCACUGGAUAUGCACCUCAUGACCCAGAGGAGGGAAUUACCAGUCGUGGCACCAUAUUGUGCUAUUGUUUUCUUUCAGAGACCCAACAGGUGCCACCUGCAUUGGCAUUUAGUUGUUAACUCAUUUUUAAUUAUUUAUUUUUUAAAACAUCUUUAUUGAAAAUUCAAAAAGCACAUAACUAUAUGUGCACCAGACAUGGCGAGACGCAAAGAGGGGAAAGAAAAAAAAGGAACCUGUGCAGAAGGGAAAACAAAAAAAGGUGGGGAGAAACCCAAAACUAUAUAUUUUACAAGGUUGUUUGUGUACUUCACCAGAUCUUAACCUAUUACAGUAUUUGUAAGAAUGGAUUCCAAAUUUCAUUGAAUUUGUCCAUGGCAAGUCUGCGUUUUUAUGCAGAUAACUCAUUUUUAUAAUGAGCGUCUUUUUGUUACCAACAGCAAACUUUUCUGUAAGAAGAUAGAGAGAUUGUUUGACCUAGAUUACCAGAACCCAGAUUCUCAGGGAAGCGCAGCAACCCUGUACAGGUAGACAACUGUCCGCUUAUUAAUCUUAUUUCAGCAUAUUCUUCCUUGUUCUCAUUGCAAAUCUCUCAUGCUAUAACUUUCCUUUUUUAAAAAAAUAGGUGCUGCUUAUGUAAGAAACUCCUAAUUAAGGACACUGAAAGAAGAAUCCCAUGUGUUCCUGGAAAGAUCAAUGUAGAUCAGCAUGGAAACAUUAUCUAUGUACACAUAAGGUGCUUCAUAAAUCAUAUUGUAACAACAUUUUUACAGGGUGUGUUCACAGGUUCUAUUUAAUCUGCAUCAUAACAGACUUUUUAAUUAUAAUCUGAGUUCUUCCAGGGCUUCAGUCCCAGAACAGAGGUCAGUCCACUAGGGCAAUGGUGGCCUUAAAGAUGUACUGUAUAUGAUAGCUAAGUGUCACGAUCAAGUUAUUAAUACUAGGGCAGCACGAGGGUCAGGAAUGAAAGGUUAGAAAGACUUGCUCCCCUUCAUUCCCAGACUUCUUUCUCGCAGCAGCGAUGGCGGGUUAAGGGGGCUGGGGAAAGCUCCUCAGCUGCAGGGUGGUCUUUCUCCCUGUGUUCCUCUACUUCCCGCCAGUGGCAGCAGCAGUGACAAAAGUAUGGGAAGGCUGCACAGGUAGCCUGCCUGCCUGCCUGCCUGCCUGUCCUUUCACUCCUCCUUGUCAUCACUGUGAUGAUGGCUGAGUGCAAAUACAGUAUGUUUUAACAAGGGCUGUCACCAAAUUGAUGAAUUCUUAGUCAAUUAUUGAAUUGAUCAAAUUGACAUAAUUUUUUCUAAAGAGCAGAAAUACACUCUUUGAUUUUAGAUGAUGCACACCUGUGCUGUUGUGGCCAGAGACGUGGAGCGUGUCUCAUUUAAUCCGGAAAGGAAUGCCUAUUCGCUAAGUGAGCACUUAAAAAGUCUUGUCCCUCCGUAAUUAAAAAAACAAGCAGCAGCACCCUAAGAAAUUGGUUAACGUUGUAGCCCUUGUUUUAAUUCUUCUGUGCAAUUUAACUUUGUCAUUGAGGGGGAAAGGGUACAAAACUUACCAGUGGGAAUUGAGAACUAUUCUAUUCACGCUGAUCUGCCUGACCGCUUGCUCCUCUUUGUAUAUACAGAGAUAAAUCUUGGGAUGUGCAUGAGUAUUUGCUGAGUCUUUUUGAAGAAUUAAAAUCUUGGCGAGAUGUAUAUUGGCGCCUUUGGGGAACUAUCAAUUGGCUGAUCUGUUCAAGAUGUAAUCAAGUGAGUGUUUUCGGUUACCUCUGCACACUCCUGACUGUCUCUCCUGGAACUUACAAAGUUAGGUUUUCAAAUUCUGUAGAACGAAGGGUGAGGUUCAACUGUUGAACUAGUGGAAGCCAGCACAAAGACCUCUGCCUGCACAGUGCCCUCCCUUCACUCCUGUGACACAGGGGGCAUGCUCAGAAGAGCCUCUCACCCCCUUUCCUUGCCCAACCGCCGCCAGUUGAGUCUUAGGUAAAGGUAAAGGGACCCUUGACCAUUAGGUCCAGUCGUGGCCAACUCUGGGGUUGCGGCGCUCAUCUCACUUUAUUGGCCAAGGGAGCCGGCGUACAGCUUCCAGGUCAUGUGGCCAGCAUGACUAAGCUGCUUCUGGCAAACCAGAGCAGCACACGGAAACGCCGUUUACCUUCCCACCAGAGCGGUACCUAUUUAUCUACUUGCACUUUGAUGUGCUUUCGAACUGCUAGGUUAGCAGGAGCAGGGACCGAGCAACAGGAGCUCACCCCGUUGUGGGGAUUCGAACCACCGACCUUCUGAUCGGCAAAUCCUAGGUUAUUGUUGUUGCCACCAACUCAUUCUUGGAGCACAGAUGGUAGGGGGCUUCGAAUGCAACAAAGCAAUUAUUUUUUUACAAAGAUAGGCUCUUAGCCAGUCCAGUGUACCCUGUACACUGGCCAACCUGCACACAACUCACUAGCUGCCAGUUUUCUUACGCUACUCCAAGAUCAAAGCAGCUUGAUUGUUUCCCUGGUAGGCCCCUGUAACUUCCUAAAACACAGGAACUCUGAGACCAACACACCCUGCAUCUUCCAUAUAGUUCUUAUAAGUUAUUAAGAGUGCAAAGCUUGCACUGAUGGACUAAUUGCCAUAGCCAUACAUUGAAUUCCUUCCCAUGUUUUUGUACAUUGAGGAUGAAUAAUGGAUAUAUAGUUUGUGCUGAACUAAUUUGGUCAAGUCUUUUGAGAAUGCCAAGAAUGGGCCACCCAGCACUUCAUUUAAUCAGUGCUGUUUUCAAAGGAUAAGAGCAGCAGCAGCUAGCAUGUACAUCCUAGUAUACAGCCAUUAGCUUGUACAUCCUAGUAUACAGCCAUUUGUUAGAAGACACCUCUGUGUUCUGCUGUAAACCCUUUCUGCACCUUAAACUUGGGAAUACUUGCUCUUGAGAGUAGUGAUUUUGUUGUCGUUGUUGCAUCUCCCUUGCAGACUUUCCUGUGUACUGAAUUCUCCCAUUGCCAAUACCACCCUCAGCCGGUUGUCUACCCUGGCGUGGUAGGUGCUCUUGGUUCCAAUGGUACUGGAGUGUAUCCCUGCUGUAACCAGAAGGUUCUGAGAUUUGAUCCUGCUCCUCUUCCAAAAGUAUGUAUUUGGGGGAAAGACUCUUUAAAACCUCUUUGCUCCUUCCACAAGCCAUAUUCUCUUGAACCGUGUUUUAUACACAACAAAAGUAUGGGGUGAUUCCUGCCACCCCCUAGCCUGGUGCGUUAGGGCCCACUGUAUAAUUGCCUAAGCUGGAGUCAUUAUUUAAAAUGAUAUGUUAUCUAUCUAACAUGCAAGCUAACUGUACUCUAUCCAUGAGCAUAUCUAAAGCUUCAUCAUGGUUAGGCUUUGAAUCCUAAUAUCCAAACUAGGAUUGGCCACAAAUUAGAAUGUGAAACCCUGAUUUGAAGCAAUCUUUCAAACCACGGCCAGCACUAUCCAUGAUUUGCAAUGAAGUACCUUAGCUAACGUGUUUCUCUCUCUCUUUUUAAUGGAAGGGAUGCAAAGUAAGGGACCAUGUGAUUGGCUUGCCUGCUGGAGGAGAAGGUGUGGAUGCUGUUCCCUACCAGACUGCUAAAAUACUGAACGAUCUGACUCAGCACAGAAAUGUCAUUGUUGUGCCUUUUGAAAAAGACCAAAACAGGUAAGAAAAGAGGUAUGUCUUCAUCUUUCCUGGGCAAGCACCCCACCAUUCGGGUAGGCUUCUUUCGAAUCAGUAACAACCCAGUCCAUAAUAUUCCUAAAUACUUAUUUUUUCAAGUGAUUCUGGAAUUGGACUGAGUGAUGAAAAGAGCAUUGAAUGUGAUGUGCUAUUGGAGCCAAAUGCACCGUGGGGCCCCAGAACAGGAGAAAUUAAUGCUGUGAGUAUCCUUCCCCACGUCUCUCUGCUUUUCCUUUCCACAUUGUUCAUAUUGCUUGACUAUAGUCUGGCUCAAUAACUCAGUAGCUUUGAGUAUACUUCUAGGAUGAAGCUCCAGUCAUUAGGUGUAGAUAUAUGUGUGGCCAUCACACAGGGUCCCCGGACGUUUCACCGUCUAUUGAUCCCUGUGCCACCACUUUAUUUCUCGCUGCCACCACCCAGGCCCUACCUGGUACAAUACAGUGGUGCCUCGCAAGAUGAAAAGAAUCCGUUCCGCGAGUCUCUUCGUCUUGCGGUUUUUUCGUCUUGCGAAGCAAGCCCAUUAGCGGUUUAGCGGAUUAGCACUAUUAGCGGGCUUAGCGGAUCAGCUGAUAAGCGGCUUAGCGGAUCGGCUGAUAAGCGGCUUAGUGGCUUAACGGAUCAGCUGUUAAGCGGCUUAGCGGAUCAGCUGAUAAGCGGCUUAGCGAUCAGCUGUUAAGCGGCUUAGCGGCUUAGGAAAAAGGGGGGGGAAAGGGAAAAAAACCCGCAGGAACUCGCAAGAUAUUUUCGUCUUGCGAAGCAAGCCCAUAGGAAAUUCGUUUUGCGAAGCACCUCCAAAACGGAAAACCCUUUUGUCUAGCGGGUUUUCCGUCUUGCGAGGCAUUCGUCUUGCGGGGCACCACUGUACUGAGUCCAGUCAGGGUUAAAUUGAAACAUAAACUUCUGUUUAUUUAUUGCAAUUUAACAAGCAUUGGGUUUCAUAAACAGUAUCGGUCAAUUACAAUCAUGGGGUGCCUAUCCAAACCUAUAACUUCCGCUACCUGCUCCCACUCACUAAACCACCUCUCAGAUAUUUACUUGUCUUCCCAGCUCCUAACUGUUCCUGACUCAGCUUGUUUCGCUACACUAACUCAACCUACCCACAGACUCUAUACCAAUUCACUCCCACUCCAACCAACUCCCAAGGAACUCCCCCUUUUGCCCCUCCCAGAGCUGGUUUUAUAGUCCCUCUGACUCCACCCCCUGGGUUCUGAUUGGGUAACCUGUUUAACUAUUUCACCUCCAGCACUCUCAUAUGUUAACGUCACAGUAUGUACUGGCCGUGCUCUGCAGCUGAUGUGCAAUUUGCAUCCAUCUAAAGGGGUCCCCCCAAGUGGGUGUGAACUUGGAUCGAUCCAGGGAAUCUUACAAGGGAUUGGGGCGGCAUGCUGUAGAGAGCUCCUUCACAUGCUUGGUACCCGUGUGUCCAUAUUAUGGAAUGGAACAUUGUGUGGAAUCUAUGUGGAAUCCUUUCAGAGUAGUGUUUUGAACUAGUGUCCAUGGAGGAAUGAAUAUAAAUAGGAAAUACUGUUAUCUUAAUGGAGGGGAAAGCACUUGAGUUAGAAUGCAAUCAUUCCUUUGUCGGUCACGUGGGCGCUAGUUGGAAAUACACACAGAGGGAGGACCAUUCUUAUCUGAAAGAUGUUUUGGAGUGUCCUUUCAUGCACAAAUAGGUAGCAUGAAAGGUGCUGCUGAUAACCCUACCACUGCCAGUUUUAAUUUUCCUUCCCCCCCCUUCCUUCUCUAGUUCCUUUCUCUGAAAAACUGGACUCUCCAGCUGGUACGUUUGCCCGAGUUACUCCUAUUCUAUGUGCUGAUUCUUUGUGUGUUUUAAAUAUUCUGUAUGUGCUGCACUAGCUGUCAUAUUUAAACCACUGAGCAGCGUGAUCAUUAAAAAGAAGAAAAAGGUAAUUAAAAUGCAUUGGGGUGGGAUACCUAUUUAAAUGCAUCUCUUUUUCAAAAUCCACAAAUGGUCUUAUCAGCCUGCAGCACUGAUUCCUAGCAUAGUUGUUUGAGUUUUGACUCAAAUUUGGCCUGGAAGCCGUGAUGUAACAUAAUUGAGUGUUGCAAAAUUUGAGACUGAAGUUGUUUCUAGUUAGACUUUUUUAGAGUAAGGUAGGGUAGUCUGUUUUGGUCUCUACCUUUACAGAUAAGGAGGAGAUGAAGGCUCUUCAGCAAAAGCAGUUAGAGGAUGUCAGCUGUCAUUCUUCCUUACCUGUCAGGCCUUAAUUUUUUUACUGGUUUGCAGAGAAGGGGGAACCUGUGGUAUUUUGGUGAGAAAAAGUGAUAGUUGUUAUGCUUUUUCCUUGACAAUGAUAGAAACAACAGUUGUUGCUUUCAGAAGAUGAUGAAUACACCACUGGAUCUGAGGUCACAGAGGAUGAAGUGGGCGAUGAGGAAGAAGUAUACAAGAAACCAGGUAUAUAUUCGCUGCCUGUGACCUUGCAGGUGUUCUCUGCUAGCAGUUAGGGAUUUGCCCCCCCCAUGUGUGUGUAUAUGUGUGUGUGUGUGUGUGUGUGUGUGAGAGAGAGAGAGAGAGAGAGAGAUUGCCUGUUGGAAAAACAAACCUUGUCACAAGUAGCUCUAUCAUUUUUAAUUACAAUACUAAAUUAAAAAUUAAGUGAGUAUUGUAAUUUAAAAUCUGUGUGUGAUGCAGGUGAGCAUAAACCUCCAUAGAGGUACACACAGCUCAACCUCUUGAGAGCAAGUGUGGUAUAGUGGUUAAGAGCGGUAGACUCGUAAUCUGGUGAACGGGGUUCGCUUCCCUGCUCCUCCACAUGCAGCUGCUGGGUGACCUUGGGCUGGUCACACUUCUCUGAAGUCUCUCAGCCUCACUCACCUCACAGAGUGUUUGUUGUGGGGGAGGAAGAGAAAGGAGAUUGUUAGCCGCUUUGAGACACCUUAGGGUAGGGAUAAUGCGGGAUAUCAAAUCCAAACUCCUCCUCCUCCUCCCUUUAAAGGAUAUAAUCCAUGCACUCUUAAGUGCAGUGCUGGCCCACCUAUUUCACCUUUUAUGCAUUUUGGUGUACUGGCCCAGGAAGGUUUUUAAAAACAACAAACAAACAAACAAAUUGUGGAAUGUUAUGGAAUUGUGGGUUGGAACAAGUUUGAAGUGGAAUUAUAAGUAUGUGGUGGGGGUGGAAUAAAUUCAUUGAAGACAUUAAGAUCAGCAAAGGGAACACAGUUACUCUUACCACUUCCUAAUCUUGCACAGAAUAUUGCUGCUCCAGUCCUCUUGUUACCGAGUGAAAUUAGACAAGCCAUUUUAAGAAAUAUGAAUUGUAAAACCCAUUGCAGAAAUGGUUUUAUCGUUCUCAGUCUUUUGUAUUUUAUCUCAUUUCUCAUUGCUUCAGUAGCUUUUGGCUGUGAAGAUGUUAAUCAAUCUGUUAAAUAGAAUAACUAAUGAUUAUUGGCUUGUGGUGAUGUGAUAAAUGGGAGGGGCGACUUAUAAUUGACUUACACAUACUAUUAGCAGGAAGAAAAGAGAGGUCAAAGAAAUCCCACAGACAUCCAAAGAAACAAGUGUCUUCACCCAGUGUUCAAAAGAAGGAAAAGAAUCUGGAGAAGGUAAUCCUGAGAGAUCUUAUCAACUAUUAUGCAACCUUUGUGAGGACAUAAGUCUGGCUAUUUCUCUGUGGAUUCAUCUUAUACCUUUGUUACUUUACCGAGGACAGCAUGAACUUCACUUUGAUUUAGUUUUUUAACCUGGUCCUGAAGAUCAAUCUGCAUCCAGUGAGAGUUGCUGAAAUCUUUUAUCGGUGUACACCUGGGAAUGAUCUCCACUGAACUCAGUGGGACUUCCUUCUGAGUAGACAUGGAUAGAAUCACACUGUUUCUCAGGCUGUAAUCCUAUGGUGAGGUAGGGAGAUUGCAUGGUGGUUGCUCUGCUGCGUCCAAAGUCUUGUCAGCUUGCUGUGGGUCCGGGAGAGGGGAAGUAAUGCCUGCUGUCACAACACAGCUGGCAGUAUAUCUGUUCCUGUGGAGCUUUCCACUUGUAUACUGAGGGCUCUUUCAGGUGAAUAAGUACUGUUAUGUCAGUGGUUUAGCACUUAGUCUGCUUCCAGUGGCCUCUCUAGCCACUUUUAGGAUUGCUCUGCCUACCCAUAUAUAUCUAUCUGCCUCCAGAAACUGUUGCAAUAUGCUAAAUUUGACUUUAAAACAUUAUUUUUUAAAAAUGCUUUUAUUUUUGCUAUGAACAACUGUGUCUUGAGUAGAAUCCUAUGCAGCUUGGCAGCUUGAAAUUCUAAAGAAGUAACAUUGAUCUAAGGAAUUUAUUCUGACUUUCUUUCGACAGACUAAUUCCAGAGAUGCAUCUCCUUUUAUGUAAGUAUUUUGGCUGAUUUUUAAAAAAAAUAUUUUUAUUAAACAAUUUCAGCAUAACAAAAUAUCAAUCCAAAUAAUCACAUUAUUUUUUCUUCCCCCCACCCCUCCCUCAGCUCCCCUCUCUGAUUUCUUUGCACAUAUUGUUCUCUGCAUAUUAUAAAAUUGUACAUAUCCUUGCUUUAUCUAUCAUGUGUUCAACUAAUAUUUCGGCUGAUUUUUAAAGGAAAUGCAAUUAGAAUGCUUAUGCAAAUCCAUGAAGCGUAGGUGUCUCAGUGGCUAUUAACUAUGAUGGUUAAGCUGAGCCUUCAUGUUCAGAGGUGGCACACCUCUGGACACCAGAUGCAAUUUAGGUUCUUCAUUCUCCUGAAGACUAAACGGGAAUCCAGUGCAGUCAAUUCAGCAAUGAUAAAUAAUGCUUUUAGGAAAAGAUAAUCCCCACUCAUUGGACUGGUUCGCACAGAAUGCCAAAGCAUAGUUCUUGUGCUACUUUCACUCAUGUGCUUCUUCCUUCCUUCACAUUCUCAGUUAGUUUAUUCCUUGUUCAAGAGAAAACCUAAGUCCUGUUUGGGCAUUCAGUCUCCUUAGGUGAAAACAAACAUGCGGCAGUGAACAAGGAUUCAUUGCCAAGCCCUGUGCACCCAAGCAUGACUUUUACACUGUUUAGCGCUCCCCGUGCGUUUGAGGGUGAAAGUGGGAGAGAGCCCUUCUACCUAUGGAGGCUCUCCAUGCAGUUUGGAACAGCACACAAGGAUUUUGAAUGCCCAGAUAGUCUAUACCUGAACAGACAAAAUGUGGCUGGUGAAUCAUCUCCAAACCAACUACAAGCCAGCUUUCAAACAGUAGUUUGCAUUUCUGGCUUGGAUGCAAUGGCAAACUAAAUGAACAUGUGAGGAGGAAGAGGAGGAGGAAGAGUAUCUGAGCACAAGGCUUAUUUCUGGCGUGCCAAGUUGUGGUUUUGGCAUGACGACUUUGCCCCACAUUCCAGAGGUCCCUGCAGAAAGCAAGAUGUGGUUUCAAGUGAGAGCAGUAAACAAUGGUGGCCCUAUGAACAGUGCCUGACUUUUGAACAAAAUAGUGCUGAUUGCUUUGGUUUUUGUUUCUCAUGGCUUCUCUGCUGUUUAAUUAGUGUGAGCAUGCAGCAGAAUAAGUGGGACGCUUCCAGAUCACUUAGAUUCAACCAGGAUGCUCAGAGAGAGGAAGGUAAGAUAUACAUUUGUCAAAACAUUUGCCUGACUUACGUGGUGUAGCAACAGGAAAUAAAUAAAAGCUUCAUUCCACAGCUGUGUGAAUAUGGAUAUGGCAGGGUUCCAUGAGAGAGAAAUUGUGCCUGUACAGUCAUACCUCAUGUUACGUUUGCUUCAUGUUACGUUCUUCCAGGUUACGUCCCGCGGUGACCCGGAAGUACCAGAAAGGGUUAUUUCCGGGUUUCGCCACUCGAGCAUGCACUGAAACGCUAAAUUGCGCUUCAUGCAUGCGCACAAGCGCCAGAUCGCGCCACGCACCUGCGCAGAUACGGCGCUUCAGGUUGUGCUCUUUUCGUGUUGUGAAUGGGCCUCUGGAACGGAUCCCGUUCACAACCAGAGGUACCACUGUACUUCCUUUUCUAAUUGUGCCUGUACUUCCUUUUGUAAUGCCAGUGGAGCCCUAUAGGCCUCAUAAAAAGUAACUCUAGGGAUAUAAACUUGACAAGCUGAACUGAACUGCCUCUUGUGCUUUCUCUGAUGUGCACAGAAUGAGCUCAUAUGAAAGGAAGCUUCUCAGGUUAUGUCACUUCACUCACCUUAACAGAAGAACUUGCUAAAUGAGGAACUUCUGAAAUUAUGGAAUGAAGGGCACCUUGUGUAUGUAGCACAUGCGCAACAAACACGCAAACUGCUCUAUGGCGCCAGGAAAUUGUAGCUUUGUAGUGUUGGGGCAGGGAGUAUCUUCCAGCAGCAAAACCCCAGCACCUUACCAGUCUGCAUUUCCCAGUGUUGUUGGGGAGGGGCAUGAUUGUUAAACUGAUACAAAGGUAGAUGUAGGAGUGACAUCUUUGCAAGCGUGAUUGGCAGAAGCAAUUGUACCUCUUCCCCUUGCUUUGCAACAGUGGUGUCGGCAGGCACAAGAACAGCACUUUCUGAUCCUCUGUUGCUAUUUCAUGUUGCUUGCAGAUCAGCGGAGGAUGGUGGAAAUAACCGGACACCUAAUAAAAAUGAGACUGGGGGAGCUUGACCGGACAAAAUCGAAAGAGAACAAAGAAGUGAGUCUGGGGUUGGUGCUGGUGGGAACUCUAUCCCACUUCACCCUUGGUUAGCAAGACUCUACCUCCUAACUUGCCUUUUGGUGCACGCAGUAAAAAAUAAAGUUGGUUAACACUUUUUUGAUUUGUCUAUUGCGACUUUCAGUCUGCAGCUGGAAUUUAUGCAAGACUUGAGGCUCAGAUCAGGGCAGCGGCACAGGUUAACACCCGCCAGAACGUCCCAGAAAAAAAUAUGAGGUAAACCCUUUAAUUCAAAUGGGGUGGGGAGGAAGAGACGAGAGAAGCAAGGCAUCUUGACAAAAUCUUAUCAAAAUGUUCCUCUGCCAAACCCUUUUUAUGAAACAGCAAGCAAGACUUUCCCCUACAAUUAGGGUAUCUCCACUCUGACACAAUAUCUUCCAGAAUGUUCUGUGAACUGCUGCUGCGACUUCAUUUAAUUUGCAAGACCUGUACCUGAUUUAGGGAUUUUACUUGGGGGUUCUCUUAGUACCAAUAUAUUCCUUUUGCUAAUUAUGCAUUACUUGCUUGCUUUGGUCAGUUCUAAACUUAAAAAGCAUACCACCCUAACUGGCAGUUAUUUUUAUUUUUUUGGUGCUGGUGUUAUAAUGUUCUAGUCUAGUUAAUAUCAAUAAUAAAUCACUGAUGACAAUGUGCAGGUGACCAGAAGUCACUGAAGUAUCAAAUCAGGCAUAGGCAAACUCAGCCUUCCAGAUGUUUUGAGACUACAAUUCCCAUCAUCCCUGACCACUGGUCCUGGUAGCUAAGGAUGAUGGGAGUUGUAGUCCCAAAACAUCUGGAAGGCCGAGUUUGCCUAUGCUUGUAUCAAACGAACUGCUCUAUAGUUGGCAAUUAAUGACCACUCAGCCGGUUACAAUCAUUGCUGUGAAUAACUUUCAAUGGUACCUUUUGUCUCUCUGUGUGUAAAAAACCCCAUGUAUUUCUCUUAAAUCUAGGAUUAAAAGUCGCUUUGGCCAAGGCCGUCCCACGUAG